UAUCUCUCCAAGAAGAAGAAGGAAAAGAUUCGCAUCUGCUCUUCUUCCUACAACUGGCUCAUUGAUGACGAUGUCGACACCACAGCUAGCAACAACAAUGAUAACACCUACGACAGAAUUGUUGUGUAUGGAGAGACCAUGAUGAACGCCAUCGUCCCCAACUCGGCCAAGUCCUUCAACUUCCAGCAGGAGUUUAAGCUGACUGAUGAGGAGACCCUGGACAUCAGUGACCAUUACCCUGUGGAGGUGGAGCUGAAGACCAAAGAUGCGUCUGGGGAAGGACAAUCUAAGAAAAAAGGACAACAGGAGCAAAAAAGAAAGCAAGGACAAGCAUCCAACGUGCCAACCAAGAGAGGACGUCGGGCUGUUUAGUGUUAAACUUUAACAAUCUUGCUAUUAAUUUUUAAAAUUUGUGUUACUCCAGUUAAUUUUUAAACUCAGUUUUUCUUCAGAUUUAACAGAAAACCACAUCAGGUGGUUCAACGUGAUUAAAAAAACCCUUGUCUGCUUUACUGAAUUUACUGUGGAAAUGAGUGUAAAGAUAUUAGUACUACAUGGAAAUUAGGCUAGUCUAUGUAAGAAAUAAUUGUUGUUUUAUUACAUGUUUUCCGGACACCUUCCAUGGUAAACAUGAACUUAUUUUGGUUUCUCUUGGUCACUGUAUAGACAGCAUACCCCACAGGGUCUACCUUGGGCUGUUUUGCUAUUUAGAGUGGGGACGUAUGUAUAAAUAUUUUACUUCUGAGCUAAGGUCAUUAGCAGGAAAUAAAAUGUAUUAACAUUUUUAAUAAUGGAAAUGACCAUAAAUUGUUGAAGAGCAUGCUGAUAAGUGAAUAAAUGUUUUGUUUGGGAAAAUAUUUGCAGAUUCAUUUCAGCUGUUAAAUUGAGAAUCUGCCUAAAUAACCAGGAAUGGAGGGAUUGAAACAUAUUUUGUUCCACCAGUUGAAUAAUAAUGGACUGGGUUUUUCAUAUUUGAUGCAAUUAAAUGACUGUUUGCAUUAAAACAA